AUGAGUCGGAUAUUUUUUUCACUCCUGGCACUGGCUGCAAGUGCUGUUGCUGGCGAUUAUGGUCAAAUUUCAGGAUGGAGAGAAUCGGCGCUGGACCAACUAAACCCGAAAGCUAGAGAUGCGAUUAUUCAGGCAAACCACAAUCCUACCGCCACGCGUUCGGUAGCAUUCAAGCCUUUUGAGAAAUACUGGGGCUCUUUGGCAGAGAACUCGAAGCUGAGAGACUCGGAGUGGAUGUGGCGAAUCAACAUAAGCGACGUGUCGAUACCAGACGCGGACCUGGAGGACGUCGAUGAACCGCACGUGGCAAGCGCAAUCUACGAUUUCCAGUUCACAGGGACCAACCUGUCAGAGGCACUCGACGGCGCCGAUGGAACCUUCUGCAUGGCUACUCUGACUAGCAUCGACCUCCCGGUAGAGAUUAUAAAUAAGUACACCGACGACGACGACAGUACCGACUGCGAGCCCAUUCUUGGCAAGUCAUGUAUUGAUUCCCUCCUCCUGGCCGGCAACGGUGCUACCACCAUCUCAGAUGAUGGGAAUUCGUGCAUACCACCACGCUAUUUCUGGAGCGAAUUGCUGGAGUGCAGCGAUUCCAUUGGUAAAGCAACAGUGUUCAGCACGCUUUAUGGGGACUACCCUCUCAGCGGGGUGAAUCGACAAAACAACGCGACCUCGUCGCCUUUGGUCAGUGGUCAAGGUUUCUUCGUCAACGUGUCGGAGCCCCUGAAUGGAUCUCUCAGCGACGGGUACCUCCAGAGUGUCAACCGGCUCCACGUUCUCAUGAUUAACACCCGCAUACCCACGGAUUACGGUUUUGUUGGAGGACCCGAAUUGCAUUGUAUGCGCGUCAAUGCGACUGAGCUUCCAGAAAAUGACGCUGACGGGGAUGGCGAUGCGAUGACAAGCGAAAACAUCCGGAAUGUGGGCACGUCAAUCACUGACCCGUUCAUCGGAUGUGUCAUGGGAGUCUUCCUCACUUUGGUCGUAUGCUUGGGAGUGCUGUGA